GGGAUUAAGUUACUGCCAGCGUACAAGCCGCCGCAUCCGUCGCCGCGUGUGCCGUUCAAUGUGAUCUUCGGAGGAGCUACGAAGGAAGCGCUGUCUCUGCUGGAGGGCAUGUUCACGUACUACCCAGUCAAACGUUUCACAGCAACACAG